UCACUCCAAACCUCUUCCUUGGCAACCCGACUCGAUACGAAAGCGACGAGAGAAGAACAUUUAAUCAGAGACAAUCCUUAAAAAACGACUAACCUCCGGUGAAAGGAGGUAAAAUUUGUCGAAAACCAAACAGACAACACAGUAGAGCUCCAGCUCAAUCACCACAAUGAGUUACGGAUACGGUGGCCAAAAUCCAUACGACUCCCCUGACCAGGGCUAUGGUGGUAACAAUGGUUACGGCAAUGGCGGCGGCUACAACAGCCCACCCGCUCAGGGUUAUGGAGGGAUAGGUAGCGUCGAGAUGGCUCCCCUUGCCCACAACGCUGGCGGCUUUGGCCAAGGCGACCCCAACGCUAUUCUCAAUGAGUGCCGCGACAUCGACCGUGGAAUCGACACUGUCGAGCAGAACCUGGAACAGCUCCGUAUGAUCCAGCAGCGAACUCUUGACGACGCCGAUACCUCAGGUUCCAGUGCCGCCAGUCGCCAGCUCGACUCACUUUCCGCUGAUACCAUGUCUCUCUACCGUGAGCUUACCGAGCGAGUCCGCACCGUCAAAUCCAACCCUGAGGCGAAAUCGCCAAAGAACAACCCUCACGUUACCCGCAUUGACCGCCGUCUGAAGGCCGCCAUCACCCAAUACCAACAGGUCGAGUCGCAGUUCCGAAAACGCACCCAGGAUCAGAUGGCCCGCCAGUACCGCAUUGUGCGCCCAGACGCCUCGGAGCAAGAGAUUCAGGCUGCCGUUGAGGACACUACUGGAGGUCAGGUCUUUAGCCAAGCCAUGAUGCAAAGUGAUCGCCAGGGUCGUGCCCGUGCUGCCCUGAGCGCUGUUCAAGACCGUCAUCAGGCUCUCAUCAAGAUUGAGCAGCAAAUGGUCGAGUUGGCUCAAUUGUUCCAGGAUAUGGACACCCUCGUCGUUCAGCAAGAAGCUGCCGUUACUCAGAUUGAGCAGAAGGGCGAGGAAGUCGUUGAGAACCUCGACAAGGGUAAUGAGGAGAUUGGUGUGGCCGUCAACACUGCCCGCAAGACACGCAAGAAGAAGUGGAUCUGCUUGGGUAUCUGUGUUGCCAUUAUUGUGAUUAUUGUGAUUAUUGUUCUUAUCUACAUCUUUGUCAUCAAGGGACAAAACAACAACGGUAACAAGAAGCGAAGUAUCGAGGCAGCCAUUGGCAGCUUGCCCGUUAUGCACACAGCUGUCCUACCUGCUCGCCUAGCCCGUCGCGUUGCUGCCGACAACACAGCAUCCUCUCUGCUGAACAGUGUUGGCGGAGGGCGAUUCCAUUUACCUCAGCUACCGCGGAACUAAGUUGGAAUCGAACGAUAAGAGAAUGACUCGGAGGUGUAUUGUUUUCGAAUGACGAUAAGGCGAUACAUGUACUCAUCGAGGAAUAUAUACGUGCUCCAGAGAAGUGGGCACGGAUCGUGUGGAGGUAAAAGCAGUGUCAGAGCUGUAUUUGUGUUUUGCGUAUUCCCAUUGGAUUUGGAUCAUAACUGCUGCUAUAGCCCGAUAGCCCGUCUUUUUUCUUUUUGUUUAUACAACCGGGUUUGAAUCUGCCACUCUUCUGGCGUUGAUUUCCUUUUCUCUUUGCAUUAGUUCGAGGCGUUUAUAGUAUGAACUUUUAAUCACAUUUCGCUUCCUCACUUGUGUUG